AAUCGCAUUGCAGUCAUUGCACUCUGCAGGAAAUUUAAGAAACUAAACGAUCUUGUCUAUGGUCAACCCCGAUUGACAUUUUAUAAUUUUCGCGAGAUUUUCCCAAUUCUACAAAUUUGCAGCCAUCUGUGUUCUAUUUUAAGACUAAUGACUGAUAAGAGUUUCAUGAAUUCCUCUGUUAUUUUCUGGUGUGUCAUGUGUAUAGUCAGCGUGUGUAAAUCGUCGGUAUGAGAGUUCUAUGAAUAGUGUGGAGGUAGCUUCCUGAGGGUUGUGGUUGGGACAGUUUGGUAAUAUGCAAUGGAUAUACAAGGGGUGGAAGAGGCGAUGGCUGUGGGUGCUGUUAGUGGCAGCGUUGUGCCCGCUGGUCUUAGCCCAGAAGAUCGGUGACCCGUACGAGAUCCUUGGGAUCUCCCGCCGAGCGACACUGGUGGAAAUUCGCAAAGCGUACAGGCAAAAAGCUAAGGAAUGGCAUCCUGACAAAAAUCUUCACCCAAACGCGGAGUCUCGCUUUGUGGAAAUCAAGCAGGCGUAUGAGCUGCUCUCGGACACAGAGCGACGGCAAGCCUAUGACCAGUAUGGCAUUACAAAUGAAGACGAACACCUCUACAAGCAGAGACAUGAUUACAGUACAUAUGCUCGGUUCAGCACUGACCCAUUUGAAGAGUUCUUCGGAAACCACUUCAGAACUCAAGACCAAGACAUCACAUUAUUUCAUAAGCUUUCAGUCACUGCUAAGCAUUUCGAAAACAACAUAAUGGAGAAAUCAGUCCACACUCCAGCCCUAGUCCUCUUUUACACCGACUGGUGUUUCGACUGCGUGCGAGCGGCGGCCUUCUGGAGGAGACUAGUCGAAGCGUUACAGCCUCUCGGUGUGACAGCGGCCACAGUGCACGCCGGGCAUGAGUCGAGCUUGGUUAGGAGAAUAGGCGUGCACGGGGUGCCGUGCCUUACGCUGGUUCUUCAACAACAUGUCUACAUUUAUAAGGAAAGCCUCAGCUCCAUGCCAAAGAUAUUGGAAUGGAUCCGCUGGAAGUUUCCCUACAAGCUUGUUCCCCGAGUGACUGACUCCUCCCUGACCAGCUGGCUUGGAGACUUUGAAGAUAACAAGGUCAAGGCCCUGAUCUUCGAGGAACAGCCCACCAUGCGCCUAAGAUAUCUACUGACUGCAUUCCAUUAUAGGGACCGGGUUUCUUUCGGUUUCGUCGCAAUGACAGCGCGUGACUCCACCAACGUAACCGCCCGCUACAAAGUCCAGCGGCACAUCGACACCAUGGUGCUUUUAAAAGAGGACAGCCCAGAACCGGCGGCUACAGUCAGCACCACAGAAAUACCGACGAAGACGCUGCGAGAACUGAUAGAAGCUAAUCAGCUGCUGACACUACCGAGAUUAUCGUCGCAGGCGGUCCUAGAGCACGUAUGCCCCGUGGAAUGGCGGCCCAACCGCCGCCGCCUGUGCUGCGUGCUGCUGUGCUCAGCCGGCGCGGCGGCCGACGCGGCGCGCUCAGAGUUAAGGCGGUUGGCGAGAACGGCGCCUGAGAGGCUACACUACGCAUAUAUCUAUAUGCACGCGCAGCCUAACUUCGUGCAGGCGCUGGCUAAUGGGUCAGGCAGCGACACAUCCCAAAUGGAGCAUCGAGUAGUCAUCCUAUGGCGACGCGAAACCACACGCAUUCAAUACGAAUGGCUUAACGAGACCUGGCCCGUGUGUUCCAACGGGCAUUGUGACGACUUCAGCGAACCGACCAACGUGGUGUAUCAGGCGAGGCUGAAUGAUACGAAACGAGCGUUGGAACAGUUGGUCAAAAGACUGUUGAAGCCAACGGAAGUUAUGGCUUAUGAGGCGCAUGUACAGGAGUUAUUGGACGAGGCGGCCGUCGGUCCGUGGUGGCGCUGCGUGCUGCUGGUGCGCGAGUGGGCGGAGCGCGCGGCGCUGGCGCUGCGCACGCAGAAGGCCGUGUCGCUCGCCUCCGUGCUCGGCACCGUGGCCGUCGUGCUGGCGGCCGGGUACCUCAUGGCGUACAUGAUUCGCGUAGAAGAAGAGUCCGUGCAACAGCAGCGCAGCGAGCGGCGGCGGCAAAACGGCACCGCCAAGAAAAACAACAACGAACCGCAGUCGGAGUUGAGACUGCACGAGCUUAGGGCGGAGAAAUACAACGGACUCGUGCGACUGCUGAAACCUGGAUGCCGCACCAUAGUGCUCCUCGUGGACAUGCAGAGCCGAGUGCAGUUGCUGUCCAAGUUUCACAAGAUCGUGUGGCCGUACCGCAAAAACAAAACCCUCCUCUUCGCGUAUCUCCAAGUUGAAAGGAACAUCGACUGGUUCCGUCGCGUGUUACAACUAUCCCUUGGUGGGCAAGAGUUGCGAGUCAACGCUAGGAACUGCGUGGGCACAGUGCUGGCCCUUAACCCGCACCGCAACUACUUCUGCAUAUACCACGCCAAGCAUCCCGAGGGCGCCAAGCCGCACAAGAGGAUGUCCCGAAUGACGCGAUCGCUGGGCGCGUCAGCGGACCCCGAGGCGGGCGCGUUCAUCGGCUUCACUGAGCGCGACUCCAGCUCCGAUGAGGCGCCGCCGUCGCCAUUGUUGCAAGAAAACCUACUAGACGGGCUGGAGAACUGGCUGGACCGACUGUUCGAAGGCAGCACCCACCGCUACUACAUCAACUACUGGCCCGACAUGACCUCCAAGUGAAGUCCGUCUGAACGUAGCUCUGCAAGUACUGGACAUUCAAGGGAACAGCUAUGCUUGAACGCAGAUUUUCAA